AUGAGCAAACUUUGUACGUGUUGUGGAGGUUUUUGCAAAGAAUUUAAACAAUUUGUUUUACGUGGUAGUAUUAUCGAUCUUGCUAUUGGUAUUAUUAUUGGUGGAGCAUUUACCAAAGUAGUCGAAUCACUGGUUAAUGAUAUUAUCACGCCACCAUUUGGAUUUUUAAUAGGAGGUGUUGAUUUUGUCAAUCUUACAAUACAAAUCAACAAUUUCUAUGCCAAUUCAACACCUGUAGUUAUUCGAUAUGGACGAUUUAUUCAAGCGCUUAUCUAUCUAGUACUUGUUGCUUUCGUCAUAUUUUUAUUAAUGAAAUUAAUCAAUAAAUUACAUAAUUUGGCCAAGAAAAAUAAACAAGAAAAAGGUGAAAUUCAAGUAACAGAAGAAGUAAAAGUGUUGAGAGAAAUACGUGAUAUUUUAGCAGAAAAUGGAAAAUUAACUAAUGCUGAACAUAUUGAUAUACGGAAACAAAUUUCAACAACAUAUUUGACGCCAAUCGAGCGAAUACAUUGA